AUGGCAACUUUAGCAGCUUUUUCUUUAUUUUCCAACCUCCCUGUCGAACUCCGCCUCAAUAUCUGGGAGGAGACUGUAUCCAGCCCAUCCAUCCACGUAUUUGACGUCUGCUUCCCAUCGCGGCGCGGGAACGACCGCAGCGAGCGAGCCUUUGGAGAGGCGAGCUCCGCCAGUCACCAAAGCCAAAGCGUGCGUUGGAAAAGGUACAAGAACAGCGUUUUCCUGGACUCUCUGGAAGUCACCACUGGCGAUGAUCAACUCGCGGGCCCAGAACCGCGCCCCGUACAACAUGUGCAGGAUCCCAGCGUUUACCGGCAACGCCGGGCUCUACACUUGACCUGCAGGGAAGCAUUCUCGUCGUCGGCCCUAAGGACGAACAAGGUCAACACGGUGUAUCUCCCUGGUCGUGGACGCAAGUUUGAAUAUGAUAACGACCGGGAUGUGAUAUUCCUGCGCUUUUGGGGUAGCGAUCGGCCGAUCGGUGCCCGGUCGACGUCUUCGGAGCAAGUAAAUUCCUCAGUCAGCAGCAUCACUGAGGUACUGGAGGCCUGUUGGAGCGCGGAGAUGGCCCUGACAGUGUAUCAGGCACUUCGUAUCGCCAUCGACGUGGAUGAGAUGACUAUGCGCUUGUGCAUUGGUGAGGUCGCCUGUCUGGCGUCCUGUUUCCAAAAAGGACUUGAGGUGCUCUAUUUGGUCGAUCAUCAGACGGGUGACGGUGGAAGUGAUACAAGGUACCGUCAUGUUGCUGCAGAUUUGCAAAACAGGGGCGGUCUCUACAGGCAGUUGCAUAGCGGCAUUCUGCGAGAAAAUCUGACGAGAGUGCCGGAUCUUAUACGUGGAGUAGGAAGAGCAUACCGGGAGGUGUUCGACUUGGAAAGGCUCUCAUGGGGCGAGUCGCAUCCUGCCUAUAUAUUUGCUCGUCUUGUCACAGAUUCAAUUCGCAAUCAGCAGCUCGAUGCUGGCGCGGCAGAGUUUAAAGGGGUCCGGAUACUUGUAGUUGAAGACGAAGGCGUCUAUACAGUGUGCUAG